AUGGCAACUGCAGCAUCAAGAAGACCUAGGUGGUGCCACCACGCUCCUCCUCCUCCCACCCCCAGGAUCCUUCACUACCCCCGUCGGAGACCCUCUUCCCGGAGGGACCUUAAAUCCAAUACUACUAACAGGUUGGGAGCUCUCAUUGAUCGAGAAAGACGUGCACUUGUUCCAAUAGUGGUGUUGGACAACAACAACAAAAGUUCUGAGGGUGAGAGGCGGAGGGAGAGAGUUGAGAGCUAUGAAGCACGGACGCGGCUCAUCACCGGCGUGUCCCGUGUCGGACUCGCACUGGACACCCAUGCGCGUACGACUCCGGUGCGACGCGGUGUUCGUCGCCGGCGCCGUCACCGGACGCGGUUGAAUAGGAGGACACCUCUGGUUGGACGCGGCCCACCACGUAGACACGCGCGUCGCGGCCCAUUAAGAGCCUUAGAGAUGAGUGCUUCUAGUCCUAGUCAAGCUAAAGAACAAGAUGAUGAUACCAAACCUUUAUGGACCUAUGUUACAAAGAUAAAAAGUGUAGCUGGUGGUGGAACUUAUGAGAUAAAAUGCAAUAUUUGUGAUUUUACCUUUAAUGGGUCUUACACUAGAGUGAGGGCACACUUGUUGAAGAUGACAGGAAAAGGAGUUAGAGUUUGUCAAAAGGUAACAGUUGCCAAACUUAUAGAUUUGAAGAAGAUAGACAAUGAGGCUACAUUGAGGGUGGAGAGGUCAAAAACAAAAUCUGUGUCAUUGCCUCCGGUUUCUACUCAACACCAAAUGGAUACAAACACUCUUGGUGUUGAUCCAAAAAAGAGAAAGACAUCAUCUGUAGAAAAUGCCUUUAAUUUGCAAGCUAGAGAGACACUUGAUCAUGAAAUUGCGAGGAUGUUUUACUCUUCGGGAUUGCCUUUUCAUUUAGCAAGAAAUCCUCAUUAUAGGAAGGCAUUUGCCUAUGCUGCCAACAAUCAGAUCAGUGGUUACCAACCUCCAGGUUAUAAUAAAUUAAGGAUAACAUUACUUCAAAACGAGAGAAGACAUGUGGAGAAUUUGUUACAACCAAUUAAAAAUGCAUGGAGCCAGAAGGGUGUGAGCAUUGUUAGUGAUGGAUGGAGUGGCCCGCAAAGAAGAUCUCUUAUUAAUUUCAUGGUUGUCACAGAGAGUGGACCUAUGUUUUUAAAGGCCAUUGAUUGUUCAAAUGAGAUCAAAGACAAGGAUUUCAUUGCCAAACAUAUGAGGGAGGUAAUUAUGGAGGUUGGACACUCAAAUGUUGUGCAAAUUGUGACGGAUAAUGCAGCCGUUUGUAAAGCAGCAGGUUUAAUAAUUGAGGCUGAGUUUCCUUCCAUUUAUUGGACUCCAUGUGUUGUCCAUACAUUAAAUCUUGCUUUGAAGAACAUAUGUGCAGCCAAGAAUACAGAAAAAAAUAAUGUUGCUUAUGAAGAAUGUUCUUGGAUCACCCAAAUUGCGGAUGAUGCAAUGUUUGUGAAAAACUUUGUCAUGAGUCACUCUAUGAGACUAUCAAUUUUCAAUUCAUUCAAUUCAUUGAAAUUGUUAUCCAUUGCUCCAACAAGAUUUGCCUCCACUAUUGUAAUGCUCAAGAGAUUCAAGCAAUUGAAGAAAGGACUCCAAGAGAUGGUCAUUAGUGACCAAUGGUCUUCUUAUAAGGAAGAUGAUGUUGCAAAGGCUAAAUUUAAGAACGGAUACAGAAGCUUCAUCUCUCCAUCUAGUAUAUGA